CAAAAUAAACAUGAAAUAAAUACAUUCACAUGUUAAGAGUGAAUAUUCUAUAUUGACAUGUGAGAUAUCUCAAGAUUCCUAAAUUCAAAAUAUUCCCGGAGAAAGCCGCCGUCCAACCCCAAAAUUCGCCUACACCGGCAACUUUCGUGUAUUCUCGAAUCUUGAUAUAAAUAAUCUUAAAAAAAUAAAUUUGCAUAAUUGGACGGCGCACACAUUUGAGCUAUUUGGGUAGUCUCUUUUCCGUCCCAUUUUCUACUGGGAAUCGUAGAGCACGUUUUAGAUAUGCAUUUGAUUUGACUAUUUAUAAUGGAAGAAUAAAGCGCAUUACUUUCCCCUUUGUCGUCGAAGUCGAUCAAGAUUCCCCAUGGCCUCAACCCUCCACCCUCGCUGGGAAUAUACCCACUUUCGCCGGAAUAUUCCCACACCCUUUUUCCACCGUCGGACAUUACCGGUGAUCGUGGCGGCGCAGAAAAAGCCCAAGAUCGAUGGCGUCAGCGACGAGCUCAACUCCAUCGCCUCCCAGAAUUUGGACCACGCCCCCGCUCGAAGAAGGGUGCGAUCGGCUUUCGCCAAUGUUCAGCAGCACCUCGAUCAUAUACUGUUUAAGAUGUCUCCAGCUGGGAUCAGAACGGAGGAGUGGUAUGAGGUGAAUUCAGAAGGUCAAGAGAUUUUCUGUAAAAGCUGGUUGCCGAAGCCCGGUGUACGGAUCAAAGGCGCCUUGUGUUUUUGCCAUGGAUAUGGUGACACCUGCACAUUUUUCUUUGAAGGCAUUGCCAAGCACAUUGCUGCUUCUGGUUAUGGUGUCUACGCCAUCGACCAUCCUGGUUUUGGUCUCUCUGAAGGACUACAUGGCUACAUCCCCUCGUUUGAUGCUGUGGUCGAUAAUGUCAUUGAGCAAUUCAAGAUCAUGAAAGGAAGGCCGGAGAUUAGUGGGCUGCCCCGUUUCAUAUUUGGUCAGUCCAUGGGAGGCGCGAUUGCUCUCAAAGCGCUUCUAAAGGCGCCAAAUGAAUGGGACGGCAUAGUGCUUGUUGCUCCAAUGUGUAAAAUCUCAGAGGAAAUGACGCCGCCCGUCCCACUCCAGCAAGUGCUCAUCUUCUUAUCUAAGCUCAUGCCACAGGCGAAGCUCGUGCCCCAGAAAGAUAUAGCAGACUUGGCUUUCAGAGAGCUGAGCAAGAAGAUAUUGGCUCCAUACAAUGUGAUCAGCUACUCAGACCAGACGCGGCUGAAGACUGCUGUCGAGCUGUUGAAUGCCACAAAGUCCAUUGAGUCGCAGGUGGACAAGGUCGCGUCUCCAAUGCUGAUCCUUCACGGGGCUGCUGAUAGGGUUACGGAUCCCCGGGUCAGCCAGUUCUUGUACGACAACGCCUCAACCAACGACAAAACUUUGAAGCUCUAUGAGGGUGGAUUUCACUCUAUUCUCGAAGGGGAACCGGAUGAUAUAAUUUUGGCUGUUCUUACUGACAUUGUUUCAUGGCUUGAUUCUAGGACAACUUUGAAAUAGAUUUAUUUCUUUUUUUAUCUUUGGUCAUGGUCCUAAUUUCUUUUUAAUAAGAUCUAAUUGACUUGGGUUUU